AUGGCCGAAAUCCGCCAAGACUACUACUACCGUUACCAACACAACCCAACGCAAACCAGCACCGUCUUCCCGGAGAAGGCUCCUUCCUCUUCUCAGGUUUUGGCCCUCUCCUUCCUCCUCCCUCUCGGCGCUUUUCUACUCUUCGUCGCUGCCAUCACCGGAACCGGAACUGUCGUGGGCAUCGCGCUCUCAACCCCGCUGUUCGUCAUUUUCAGCCCAGUCCUGCUGCCCGCUGCGUUCCUCAUUGGUUUGGCGGUCGCCGGAUUCUUGACGUCUGGGGCCUUCGGAGUCACCGCGUUCUCCUCGUUCACGUGGCUGGCCAACUUUCUCCGCCGCUCGCGGCUGUCGGAGCAGCUUGAAUAUGCAAAGCAUCGCGCUGAGGAGACGAUAGGCCACGCGGCCCAGAGUGUGAAGGAGGCCGGUGAGACUGUGCUGAGCAAGGCGCAGGAAGCAGGGCAGGAGGCCCAGACUAAGAGCAAGGAGUCACGACAGAGGACCCAAAGUGGGAAGGCCCAAGAAGAGAAAAGAUUCUCUUAAAUGAAUCUCGAUAUCAUUUCUGGUGGGUCCCUCUGCUUUGGUUCUCCGUGAAGACUUCUUGUAUUCUUGGUACAAACCGCGGGAAGUGUCGGAGUGUGUUUCAGUAAUCGGUAGUGCCAUUGUGCUCUGUAGUCUGCUUUUGCAGUAAAAUUUCCAAGCUUCAUGGUUUA